AUCCCCCGAUAGCCGUUGGCGUUACAGAAACGUCGGACAAGGAAAAGCAUAGAAUAUGGAACCAAAUGUCGACCGUUACAGCAGACCCGACCCCAAAAUUUCAAGAGAGUCCUCGCUCCACAACCUCAACCCCCAACAGGAACAACACGAAAAACUCUGUGCAGCAGCAGCAGUGAUCCCGUUUCACCGAACAACAACGAGAGAAGAGCAACAGCAGAUGCUCAUGGCAGAGGAAGAGCUCUUGCAGGAGCUCAGGUCGAAAGCCAACGAGCUCUUUCUACGCGAGCAGUGGGCCGAGUCGUCCAGCCUCUACUCCCAGCUCAUUGAUCUCUGCCGCGUCCACCUCUCGAGCACCGACGGAGCAUCGGACCCGGACAAAUUCUCUAAGCUCCGGAAAUCCCUCUGCCUGGCCCUUGCCAACCGAGCCGACGCGAGUUCGAAGCUGAGAUCCCUUGACGAGGCGCUAAGAGACUGCGACGAGGCGCUCGCGAUCGAGAGCUCCCAUUUCAGAGCCUUGGUCUGCAAAGGUAAGAUCUUGCUCAGCCUCAGCAAGUACUCGGCUGCCCUUGAGUGCUUCAAGUCGGCGGCUUCGCUGGAUGCUCAGGCGAACGGGAAUUGCGGGACUCUAAAUGCGUGUUUGGAGAAAUGCAAGAUGCUCGAGUACCAAUCCCGGACAGGCAAUUUCGAUCUGUCUGACUGGGUCGCGAGCGGGUUCCACAGAGAAAUUCCCGAGCUUGCAGAGUACAUCGGGCCGGUGCUGAUCAAGAAAUCGGAGAUAAGCGGGAGGGGGCUGUUCGCCACGAAGAACAUCGACGUCGGGACUGUGGUGCUGGUCACCAGAGCUAUCGCGAUAGAGAGAGGGAUAGUGAUGGGAGAAGAUUCGGGCUCGGGGGAGAACAAGCAAUUGGUCAUGUGGAAGAACUUCAUUGACAGAGUAGCGGGCUGUGUUUCGAAAAGCCGCAGAACCCGUCACCUGAUCAGUACUCUGUCUUCAGGGGAAGAUGAGGAGGGUCUUGAGGUUCCAGAUCUGAGCAUUUUCAGGGCAGAGGCAAGUGAGAGAGAUGACUACCCAAAUGAGAAGCUUGACAUGAACAAGAUUUUGGGCAUUUUGGAUGUGAACUCUCUUGUGGAGGAUGCGAUUUCAGCUAAGGUAAUGGGUAGGAACAAGGACUACUAUGGCGUGGGGCUGUGGUUCCUCGCUUCUUUCGUCAACCACUCAUGUUGCCCCAACGCGAGGAGGCUCCACGUGGGGAAUCACCUGAUGGUCGUCACCUCUCGGGACGUAAAAGCCGGGGACGAGCUCACGUUCCCCUACUUCGACGUGCUCCAGCCACCCAAGAAGCGCCGCGAGGCGGCGGCCCCGUGGGGGUUCGAUUGCUCUUGCAAGCGGUGCGAGUUUGAGGAGAAGAUGCGAUCGAAGCAAGAACUGAGGGACAUCGAGGCGGGUCUUGAAGGCGGGAUGGACGUGGGAGGGGUCGUGUACAGACUGGAGGAAGGCAUGAGGAGGUGGAACGCGAGGGGGAGAGAGAAGGGGUACCUGAGGGCGUCGUUCUGGGCCGCGUACAGCGAGACGUACGCGUCGGAGAAGUCUGUGAAGAAGUGGGGGAGGCGGAUUCCGGCGGCGGAGGCGGUGGUGGACAGCGUCGCGGAAGCCACGGGAAGCGACGAGAGGGUGCUGAAGGUGUUGGUGGAGCAACUGAGCAGCAGGAGUGGUGGUGGACUUGGUGGUGGUGGGGUGAUUGGGGAGAUGGAGAAGGCAUUGAAAUUGGGAAGGGGAAUUUAUGGGAAGGUGGUCAAGAAACAAGCAUUGAGGGGUCUAAUUGAGCUUUGACAUUUUGGGAAUUAUCAAUGCACUUUUAAUUUUCUCUUUUUGUUCCUUUUUUUUUUUUUUCCAACUAUCUAAUGUUGGAAGCCAAUUG